CCGAGAUGGCUCGACACCACGCUCACUCGUGUCGCGCACGUUCACCUGUUUGUAAUACACGACGCGGCCAACGAAAAUGACUCGCUCUCGUGUGCGUUUGAGCCGCCCGAUUUUCACGCCGGCUUCUGUCGCGGUUCUACUCGUGUUCCACCUGACGGCUUCUUACAUCGCCACCGCUCAAUCCGGAACAUCCGAAUACUAUGGUAAGUAUUUGGGCCCUUUGAAGUCUUACCUCCACAAGUUGGGCGGAGACGUGUACGCCGUAGACGCCAGGACAUUGCACGUCAGGAAUUUCAUGUACGACGGCAAAGGACCGGCCGCCUAUUUUUAUGGGUCCAACGGGAAAACGCCUGAUGUCAACGGGUUCAAGAUUCGCGAUGAAAGAGCGUCUACAAAUCCCUUAAAAGAAUAUAGAGGCGAACACUUGACGAUCACUCUGCCCGACGGUAUGACUCUACACGAUAUCAAGUGGUUUUACGUUUGGUGCGAAGACUUUGCCUUGAAUUUUGGAGACGUGAAAAUUCCUUACAACUUGGACUACCCGAAACCGCAGAAGAUCGAUGCUUUGUCCGGAAUCCACGGCGUUUCGUCAGACAACAUAGUAGUGGUCGAUGCCCAGACUUUGUUGAUUCCAGGAUUUUCCUACGAUGGCGAAGCUCCCGAUGCAAAAUUUUGGGUUGGCGCCGGUGAUAAACCGACUCCCCAGGGAUUGAGAGUAUCAGACGAGAACGGUAAAGAAGUACCGUUGCGCCGGUACAAUCGCAAGACAAUCGUGCUGACAUUACCUGGCGACUUGACCAUGUUUGACAUCGGCCAUUUUGGCGUGUGGUGCGAGGCGUUUACCGUAGACUUUGGUCAUGUGAUCAUACCGUCCAAUCUCAAUGUGCCUCCGUCGUUGAAAAUGCUCGGCGUCCUCCCGCAGUCAAAACUCAAUUGUGAAGUACUUCACGAACCUUUGGGAUACGAGGUCAGAUGGGCAAUCGCCGGCGACAGCAUAGUAGUCCAGUUAGUGGCCAAACUAGAAGCCAACCAGUACAUGUCGUUCGGUCUGUCAGGGUCAUCUCUGUCCAAUCGUAUGGUUGGCGGUGACGUAGUCGUGGCCGGCGUGGACCAAGAUACCACCAGCGGAUUUGCACAAGAUUACUAUUUAUUAGACAAAUCACAGUGUGUAGUACAACAGGACAGCGGACAAGUCAGUGGAAGUUGUCCAGAUUCUAAUAUUCAGGGUCCGGCCGGCGAAAGUGUCCGACUGUUGAAUGCGGCCAUAGUCAACGGAUAUUCCAUAGUGACCUAUCAGCGGCCAUUGAAGUCGAAAGAUAAUCUCGACCUGUCCAUAUCGAUCAACAACAGUCAGCCGGUGAUUUGGGCAAUAGGGCCACUCAACGACAAACACGAAGUGUCUUAUCAUCCGGAAUACUCGAAAGAAACAACUAAAAUCAACUUUGGCCGCUUACCGCAAUGGAACUGUCCCAUACCGGACACUGACGCCAAAUCCGUAGCAGUAGCCACGGUAGAUGUGACUUCGGAAAGCGUACCGGAAUCUACAAAAGGCCAGACUGCAAUUAAAGAGGUAACGCCGACUAAGAAAAUUCGACCCCGACCGGUCCCUAAUCCGGCACCCGUUCAUAAUUCUUUAGUACCCUGGGAGAUACCGCCUAUCCAGUGUUAUGAGCCGGAAGAUGGGGUUUUCUACGCACAAAUGGGUCCCACAGGAGGAAAACACGGUUAUCCCGCCAUUACAGGCCACGUCGGCUGGGGAAUUUCUUGGUACAUAAACGGUUUGCUGAUACCUGAGAUAAACGUUGUCAGAGGACAAACAUACACGUUCGUCGUUGAAGGAGGAUUGGAUCCGGAAAUACCUGCGAAAUACCACCCAUUUUACAUUACUGACGAUCCCGUCGGUGGUUACGGAUAUAAAACGCCAGAAGAGAGAGCGAACAUUCGAAUAUUUGCCGGAGUGAGUGUAAGUAAAACUGGAGAAAUAGUACCUACAGGAAUCGGUCGUCUGUGCAACUGGACUCCUGAUCCACAACAACCUUCUGCGGAUGAAUUUGUUUCGUUCGGAGCUUACCAAAGAACAUUGAGUUUAUCGUGUGACCAAGGAGAUCCCGGAAUAGUACAAUGGACUCCCGACGCCAACACUCCGGAUACUGUUUACUAUCACUGUUUCACUCAUCGUCACUUGGGUUGGAAGAUUAACGUUUUGGACUCUUGCGACAAAGAACAACCGGGAUCCGAAUCAGCCACUUAUAGUCAGGAAGACCUACAGUCCAGAGGCAGCAUUCAGUACACGACCCGAGUGAAACCGGACAACAACAACUUAGAACCACUCAAAAGUUCAGAGCCCAGCGAUGACCACCUAACGCUUAUUCCCUCCGUGUUGGAAAACAAUUUGAAAAACGAUUUCGCCAAAACACAGCACAUCAAACCCUUGUACGCCGUUUCCACGCAAAACAUCACCCUCUACACUUACCCUACCUCCAAUCAGACUUACGGCAACGUACCGUUUUACAUGCCACAGUCGCAUUACGGAAGUCCGCAACCAAUAAGAACGAGCACGCACAAGUACGUUUUACAUAACAAUAACGUUAACAACAAUAAUAACAACUUAAACUACAGACCCGUACGGCAGCCAGUGCCUGUACCUUUGCCGAAUUUCGCACCCCAGCAAGUGACGCCAAACUUUUACACUCAACCUGUACCCGCAGCGUCAAACUAUCAUGCACAGUCAGCAACUAACGUACCAACCGUGUUAGAUCACCGACGGCCCACCCUGGACUAUCAACCGCAAUCACAGCAAAACAUGUACGUCUACCAGCAGCAACCACAGUCUCAAGUUCCCGUCAUGCACGGAUACAGGAUACCCGGUAAGAGGGUACCUAAACCAGUGGGUCCGGUCCGGUCGGUGGUAUACAAAAAGCCGGUACAUAAAUUGCCCACAGCUACCGUACACCCUUAUAACCCUGUACCACCAGCGCCGGGCCCUCUACCCGCUGGCUCUAUUCCACAGAAGGUCCGCCAUCAACCGCCCCCACAACAACAACAGCCAUCAUACUCAGCUCAACCCAGCACUUCCGUGUCAAAAACAGUUUCCGUUUCGUAUUCGACUUCCAAAAAUCCUAACAAACAGAACCACCAACACCAUGCACCACAAUAUGUCCAACGCCAGCACCCGUACCCUCAACACCAGCAGCCGCACCAUCAAAAAUCGCACCUGCUUAUGAGAAACGCACAGGAAUUCAACGGAGAAAACGUGGCGGUCGGCAGUGGGUCCGAAAAAUUCCGAAGCGGUUUCAAUCCAAACACUGUGGUGGUCGAAGGAGGUUUUAAACCGAUAUUUCCAGAUAAUUUUUCGCCGGUGGACAGGAUAAGCGAAGAUAGCGAAUCCGAAAGUCCAGACGAACAAGAAACGACGCUGAGUGAUGCGCAAGAAGAAGUGACGGAGACUAAAAGAGAAAAGAAAAAAAUGAGCAAAAAGUUAAUAUCGAGAAAACCUACCAAAGAGAUACAUCAUGAAAGUAUUGAACAAAUUACCACCGCUGAACCGUUUACCGCCGUUGUUGAAUUCGGAGGACGACCUAAAACUGAUUUUCCAAAAGCCCAACAGGCAGACCAUCUCGAUACUGUUUAGCGUAUUAUAGAUUAUAGAUCCCUAGUUUUACAGUAUAAUUAUUUAUAUUUAUAUAAUUUUGCCAUCGUAUGUUGUUGAAACAGUCGAAAAUGUUUUAGUAAGAAAAAAUGAUUAGGUAUCGCCAACGUGUGCAAGAUAAGUUUUUGUUGCCUAAAGUUAUGUUUAUACUAUUAUUAUUUUGGUUGUAAUUAAAUAAAUUAACAAUAUGCUAUUUUUUUA